AUGAUGGCUCAAACACUCCAGUUCACCAGCUACGAGCAUGAAGAUGCCUGGGACGUGAAUUGGCUGCGCGUGGAUGACACCCAUGAACUUUACUAUCAACAGUUCGGCAAGAAGGACGGAAAGCCUGUCAUCUACCUCCAUGGUGGGCCUGGCGGGAACUGCUCCAAAACCAACACCGUCUUCUUCAACCCCUCUGAAUACCGAGUGGUUCUGCUCGACCAGCGAGGCUGUGGUCAAUCGCGCCCUAAUGCCAACACAACAGACAACACUACUUGGCAUCUCGUCGAAGACAUCGAAAAGCUGCGCAAGCAUCUGAAGUUUUCCAAAUGGCACAUGGUCUUUGGUGGCUCCUGGGGAUCCACACUCGCUCUAGCAUAUGCGCAAACACACCCCGAUAGUGUAGGUAGUCUAGUCCUGCGCGGCAUCUUCACCGUGCGAGACAUCGAACUCAAGUGGACCAACCAUGCAGGCGGCGCGCAAAUGCUGUUUCCCGACCGCUGGGAGGACUUUAUCAAGUUUUUACCAGAGGAAGAACGUUCCGAUCAUAUCGGCAACUACCACAAACGCCUCAUGUCUUCAGACUCGUCUAUCAGUCAUCCCGCGGCUGAGGCGUGGAACACGUGGGAGCUAUCAAUCAGCACCCUGUAUCCUGACCCACACGCGUACAAGAAACUGAAAGAACCAGCCUAUCUCCUCGCACAUGCUAGGAUGGAGAUUCACUACUUCAUCAACAAAGCAUGGAUGGAAGACGGGCAGCUGUAA